CUGGAUAUGAAAACAGAGUGGCAUUCCUGAUGGCCACAUUCAUGGAAUACUGGUUUAAGCAAGAAACUGGCAACGCCCUUCUGAAAGUCUUGCUCAAAUACGGUGAGAAAAAACAUGCUUGGGCAUUGUACCAUGAAAUAUUAGAUCAAAGUGGAACCGAUAACAGACGCUUGGACUCUGAUACGGUUGAGAUAAUGGUGGAAGAGUGUUUUGAUAUGGGUCGGUGUAGCGAGGCAAUCGAUACCUACAGCAAGGCCAAGGCGAGAGCCAAGAAGAAGAAUGGCUGGGAGAAGAAGAAUUUCUUAGUUAAGGAAUACAUUAUCACAAGGUGUUGCGAAUAUGGCAUGUUGUCGGAAGCAGAGUCUCUCUUUACUGAUUCACUUUUCGUUACCACUUUCAAAACAAUCAUUGAUGCUUAUGUCAAGGCUGGGAGAAUCGAUGAUGCUAUCAAAACCUCCAACAAAAUGGUCGAUGCGGCUCUAAAGGAGGUGAUCCCGCUUCUAGCGGGAUCGUGUCCGUCUUCUCAGCGAGUCGUGUACCUUAAGCUCGCCGGCCGGCUAUUGCUGGUUGUUUCUCCGUCUCACUUGGAGCUUUGGGGUUCUUCUCAGCAACGAGUGAGGUUGGGAAAGUAUAUGAGAGAUGACAGGUCGGUGCGAGAAGAAGGAGAGAAUUUGCAAGCUGUGUGGAGUCCAGACUCCAAAUUGAUUGCUCUUCUUACAUCAUCAUUCUUCCUUCAUAUAUAUAAAAUUAAGUUUACUGAUAAAAGAGUAAAACCUGGAGAGAGACAACCCUCGGAGUUGUGUUUUGCGACCAUAUCUCUUUUGCUAAGUGAGCAGGUCCCUUUUGCUGGGAAGGACUUGUCUGUGAGCAAUUUUGUGAGGGACAGCAAAACUAUGCUUUUGGGACUUUCUGAUGGAUGUUUAUAUAGUAUUUCCUGGAAAGGAGAGUUUGGUGGAGCUUUCAGUAUUGGCUCCCACCCUUCUGAUAGCAACGACGAUAGACUCUUGUCCUACACUCUUGGUAAUGGGCUAGUCUCUGGAGUAGCUUCAGCAGCACUUGCAUCUGAUGAUGAAUUCUCAACAAAAUCGGCUAUUGUUCAGCUGGAACUCUGCACUCGCUCGAAGUUAUUGUUUGUGUUAAAUUCUGAUGGGCAGCUUGUAGUAUGCUCUGUGAAUAAGAAAGGUUUAAAGUACACUGAGAGCAUUAAAGCUGAGAAGAAGUUGGGUGGUGAUGCUGUUUGUGCAUCAGUGGCUUCAGAGCAACAAAUUCUUGCUGUGGGUACAAGAAAAGGGAUGGUGGAAUUAUAUGAUCUGUCACAAUCGAUCUCUCUCUUACGAACAGUUUCUUUGCAUGACUGGGGUUAUUCAGCCGAUUACACUGGGCCUGUCAAUAACAUUGCAUGGACGCCUGAUAAUUCUGCUUUUGCAGUUGGGUGGAAGUCGAGAGGACUUGCAGUUUGGUCUGUUUCUGGAUGUAGAUUGAUGUCAACUGUCCGCCAAAUUGGAUUGAGUUCUACAUCUUCCCCUAAAAUUAAUCCAAAACAAGACAGUAAAUACGAACCACUGAUGAAUGGUACUUCAGCCAUCCAGUGGGAUGAAUAUGGAUAUAGACUAUUUGCUACAGAGGAGGCAUCAUGUGAUAGAAUUCUUGCAUUUUCUUUUGGGAAAUGUUGCUUAAAUAGAGGAGUUUCAGGAAAAACUUAUGUUCGUCAGGUAAUGUAUGGUGAUGAUAGACUACUCAUGGUUCAGGCGGAGGACACUGACGAGCUUAAGCUUUUACAUCUAAAACUUCCAGUUUCUUAUAUUACCCAAAAUUGGCCUGUUCAACAUGUGGCAGCUAGCGAGGAUGGGAAAUACUUGGCGGUUGCUGGUUUACAUGGCCUGAUUUUGUAUGACGUUAGGUUUAAGAAGUGGAGGGUAUUUGGAGAUGUCAGUCAAGAACAACAGAUUCAUUGCAAGGGUUUGUUAUGGUUGGGGAAGAUAGUCGUAAUCUGUAACUACAUCGAAGCUUCUGAGACAUAUGAACUGCUUUUCUAUCCAAGAUAUCACCUUGAUCAGAGCUCUUUACUUUGUCGUAAAGUGCUGCUUGGCAAACCAAUGGUGAUGGAUGUGUACCAGGAUUAUAUACUUGUAUCUUAUCUUCCGUUUGUCAUCCACGUCUACCAUGUGAAGAUAUAUGGUGAAUUGACACCUUCAAGCAAAGCAGAUCUACAGCUUUCCACAGUAAGAGAGUUGUCCAUCAUGACUGCAAAGAGCCAUCCAGCAGCAAUGCGAUUUGUUCCUGACCAGCACCCGAGAGAAGGCGAGUUGGAUAAUGAUAAUUUGUCAUCUGAUUUGUCAGACAGGGAACCCUCAAGAUGUCUUAUACUGAGGGGAAAUGGGGAGCUUUCACUUCUUGAUUUGGUUGAUGGACGAGAGAGGGAACUUACAGACUCAGUUGAACUAUUUUGGGUGACAUGUGGUCAAUCAGAGGAGAAGACAAAUCUUGUUGAGGAAGUAUCUUGGCUAGAUUAUGGACACCGAGGAAUGCAGGUUUGGUAUCCUUCUCUAGGGGAUGAUCCCUUUAUGCAAGAGGAUUUCCUGCAGUUGGAUCCAGAGUUGGAAUUUGAUCGUGAGGUGUAUCCCUUGGGACUUUUACCAAAUGUGGGUGUCGUUGUCGGAGUUUCUCAGAGAAUGUCAUUUUCGGCAAGCUCAGAGUUUCCUUGUUUUGAGCCUACACCCCAGGCUCAGACUAUACUACAUUGCCUGCUCCGCCACCUCCUUCAGAGAGAUAAAAAUGAAGAGGCGUUACUCUUAGCACAAUUAUCGGCAGAGAAACCUCACUUCUCCCAUUGUCUGGAGUGGCUUCUUUUUACUGUUUUUGAUGCAGAGAUUUCUAGGCCAAAUCCAAACAGGAACCAGAUUUCAGGACCUGGGCAUCUUAAAAAGUUAUCCCUUUUGAGAAAAGCCUGUGAUUUAAUAAAGAAUUUCCCGGAGUACUAUGAUGUGGUUGUGAAUGUAGCCAGAAAAACUGAUGCCCGUCACUGGGCUGAUUUAUUUUCUGCUGCUGGGAUUUCAACAACGUUGUUUGAGGACUGCUUCCAGCGAAGAUGGUAUCGAACCGCAGCUUGCUAUAUACUUGUGAUUGCCAAACUAGAAGGUGUUGCUGUCAGUCAGUACUGUGCAUUACGGCUAUUGCAGGCGACACUUGAUGAGUCCCUCUAUGAUCUUGCUGGAGAGCUAGUGAGGUUCUUACUAAGAUCUGGAAGAGACAUUGAGCAGGCGCCAACAGAAUCAGAUUCAUUAUCACCUAAGUUUCUCGGGUUUCUUAUUUUCGGCUCCAGCCACAAGAAAUCAUCACUCGAUAAGAGCUCUUCUUUCAAAGAGCAAAGUCCUCAUGUUGCUUCUGUUAAGAGCAUACUUGAAAGUCAUGCCAGUUACUUGAUGUCUGGUAAAGAACUUUCAAAGCUUGUUGCAUUCGUCAAAGGCACCCAGUUUGAUAUUGUGGAUUUUCUUCAACGAGAAAGAUAUGGUUGUGCACAGCUGCAAAAUUUUGCUGCAGGACUUGAACUGAUUGGGCAAAAGCUGCAAAUGAGUGAGCUACAAAACAGGUUAGAUGCAGAGUUUCUAUUGGCUCAGAUGUGUUCUGUCAAAUUCAAAGAAUGGAUAGUUGUUCUUGCCACUCUUUUACAACGGUCUGAGGUUCUUUAUGAUAUUUUCCGGUAUGAUCUACGGUUGUGGAAAGCAUAUAGCAUGACAUUAGAGUCUCACUUGGCUUUCGCGCAGUACCAUGACUUGCUUCAGAUUUUAGAGGAAAAACUCUCAGCGACCUUACGAGAAGAAAGCAAUAGAGGUUCCAUCUCUUGAUAAAUCACUAUAUUUUUGAAGCUUUUUCACAUUAAACAUUUUCUGCCUGAGUUUUCACGUUCGUGUAGAUAAACAUUAAUUUUCAAA